CAUUUAGCAUAAAUUUAUUUCGUUGGAUUGAAGUGAAAAAUAUUUUAAUUACAGAGAUGUGCUUUGACAUCCGAGGUAAUUGUUAUGCCGCCAUAUUUAGUAUAUAUGCAUUAGGCGCUCUGGAAUGUGGCUUAAGAGUCUACGAGUUGAUAUUUAUAUACAAAGCUACAGGAGUAUUAGGCUGCUUUAUAUUCGCCAUACUGAUUUGUUGGGUAGUGGUGUUCAUUUUCAACACGAUCCUGCUGGUGGCUGUGAUAAGGGAGAACUCUAGACUGGUUCAAGUCUAUUUGUGGGUUGGCCUGGUAUUUGGGAUUCUUUUGUGUAUAAUGCAGUUAGUUACUUAUGUGAAUUUCCCACGAAGCCUGUUUAAGGAAGAUAAAUAUCUUAUGGAAAUUCUUAUGGCUUUGCUUAUUCCGAGUUACAUUGCACUAUGGGUCGGUUUUAUAAUUUUUCCCUGCUAUUAUUUUGCAGAAAUUUAUGUUGAGUAGUGCAUUUCCUCACCAUAUUUGUCAGAAGUCCAAAAUAUAUUGCUUACAACGUUCUGGAAAAGUGGGUAAGAUUAAGCCGAAGGAAUUGCAAUUCUUUUUUGGAAGAAGCUCUGCACAUCCCACUGUGCCAAUCUAAGCAAGUGACAUUGGCUGUGGACUUGACAGCACCUAAUGAUGGAUUUCUUUUUUAAGACUCGUAAUCGCAGUUACCCCUUUUUCUAAGGGGAAAGAGCCGGGCAAAAGAUAGCGGCUCGUCUCGAAAUAUUUAGCUAACGCGAAACAAAAACAUUAAUGAAAGUUUUUCAGCCGAUGUUUUUGUUAUUUUAUGCUCUUCUACCUGUUCGCAUUGGAUCGCUGGCAUGGUAUGUGUUCUGGAUAGUUCGCUCAGACACACAUGAAAAAAUGCGGAAAAUGUUUGGCCAGACAAUACCUGGCCAAAGAAAACAAAACAAAACAAACGAAGAACAGGUAGACGAAUAUCGUCAACACUUAAAGGCCUGCCAAACGCACAGGGAGAAACGAGAUACAAAAUCUUAGAGAACCUAGAGAGAACGCGGAACCGAUCAGAUGUUUUUGGAACGAAUAUCGUAAUCGGAGUUUGGUACUAUAAAUGAGUUUUCAAAGGGCAUAUA